AUGAUUAAAUUACAUUCACUGUCAAUUCCCAAAAUUUGUCCCCGACAUUCGGUCAUCAACUUUGACGAUUUCACCCGACGUUCGGCCAUGGGCUCGGGAAUCUUAGACGAUGACCUACAGACCGGAACACGGUCAACCAAGAAGAACGUGGCGAAAAAAUAUCCGUGUCCCCGUAAAAUUCCAUUUCCCAGUAAAAUCUUGUGUCCCCGUGUAAUUCCAUGUCCUCGUCAGAUUCCGUGUCCCCGUGAACAUCCCAUGUCCACGUGA